AUGGUUUCCUGUGAGAGAUAUGGGUUCGCAUUGAACAUCAUUGACACACCAGGCUUUGUUGAAGGAGGUUAUAUCAAUGAGUUUCUUUUGAACAAAACAAUAGAUGUUUUCUUAUAUGUGGAUCGAUUGGAUGCGUAUAGAAAGGACAACUUGGAUAAACAGAUUGUGAAGGCAAUAACAAAGAGUUUUGACAUAACGCGUAAUUACAGUUCUGCCAUUGAGGAAUUUGCUUCAAAUUUUAACUACCCAAGUGGUACUGUGAAUCAUGCUGUCAUUUAUUGCUCCCGAUUUAUCAAUAAUCAAGAAACACGUAAACGGAUAUCUUUUCCAAAAAAUGAAUAUAAAGGAUUUAGGUCAGAUUAUUCUUCGAUUAAUAUCAAAUGGGAGAUUAUCAUCUCUAGCUCACAAUAUAGCACUAAUAGGAAAACACAUUUGGAAUCCGUUGAAGGGUAUGCUUCAUUGAUAGAAAAUGUCAUGAACCUUCCAUCUGAAGAUGCAUCUCCAAGGGCAGUUUCGGAAAUUCCUUCAAAAAUCAAAAAGCGAGUGGCAGUGGGUAUUUGGGAAGAAGAGAAAAGUAUUCAGACAACAAUGGCUAAAAAGAGAAGAGAAGAUGGUGAGUUGAGGGAUAGAAGUGAGCACCCAAGGGGAACAUGGGAGGAAAUAUACAGAAGUGCAAAGAAAGCAGAUAGAAAUAAGAAUGAUUUGCAUGAGAGAGAUGAUGGGGAGCUUCAAAGAACAGGUCAACCGUUGUGCAUCUAUGAACCUUAUUUUGGUCAAGGAGCUUGGCCUUUUUUACAUCAUGAGUCACUUUAUCGUGGUUUUGGAUUGACUUCUUUGUCAAAGGCUGCUGAGGUGGCGUUAUUGGAGGACAUUCAAGGGCGUAGACAUGGUGAUGCUUUAUAUUUUUGGGUAAGAAUGGAUAAAGAUCCAAGAAAUCCAAUGCAACAAGAUUUUUGGACAUUUUGUGAUGCUAUAAAUGCGGGUAAUUGCAAAUUUGCAUUCUCAGAAACUUUGAAGAAAAUGUAUGGGGUGAAGGAUAACUCGACUUCUCUUCCUCCAAUGCCUAUGGAUGGAGAUUCAUGGUCUGUUAUGCAUAGUUGGUCUAUGCCAACAAAGUCUUUCUUGGAAUUCGUCAUGUUUUCAAGAAUGUUUGUGGAUGCAUUGGAUGCACAAGUUUAUGAUCAGCAUCAUCAUAGUGGUCUUUGCUACUUAAGUUUAUCCAGGCUUGAAAUAAGGAAAAAAAAAAAACAAACACAGCGCCAAAGGCGCAACUAA